UUAAAGGGACAGGCUGUGGAAGAGGACCUUGGUGGGACGCCAAGCUCUGGUUGGGGAGCUAAGACGUGUGGGCAGAUGCGCGGGGAGCAGAGGAUGGCAGCGGGGAGAAGGAGGGGAAAUAGACAGCCGAAGGGCAGAGUAGGGCUCCUGCCUGCCGGAGCUUGGGGAGAAAGGAGAUGCAGGAGGUGGGCGGCUUGGAGCCGGGAGCGCCCUGCAGAGCGGUUCUAGGGUAUCACGGGCACUCCACUGACUAGGUUGGGGCUUCUCCACACUGGGGUCGCUCUCGCCGUCUACUACCCCCACUCCAGUCGCGCUUUCACCCUCUGGAGCUGCUCGCUUGGCACUCUUGUGAGCGUCUGGCAGCUGGAUCCUUGUACAAUAGUACACAUCAGAGCCCUAGAUGCCUUUUCAGGGCGUACGCGGCUCUUGGCUUUUUAGAAGCGAGAUUUAGGGUGGGAUUGCGCUGCCUGUUCUUCCUGGUCCUUCUGACUUGCGGGGAGAGGAGAAGUGCAAAGAUCAGCAGAGGGCAAAAGCCCGCGGGAGAGAGCAAGCCAAAGCUCCUCGGACGGCGGCCCCUUCCAGUCGUCCUCCUCCUCCAAAACUGGGAGCGCAGCCCGCGCAGACGGAGUAAGGCAGCAGCUUUAAUCGGAGCCACCUGUCCCCUCCCUGGGACUGGCGGAGAGCCUAGGCGCCAAGUUGCAGGGAGGUUCAGGCAGGGUUAGAGGGGAGGGGAUGGCAGGCCAGGCGCAGGCAACCCCACACGAAGCGGAGGACAUCUGCCCGGUCUUUCUGCCAGCGCCCUGUGCUCUCUUGCUGUCUAAGAUCCUCUCUGCUGUCCCGCUUGCCGCCUCCACCUUGGCCGGGGAGAUGGAUGGCAGCUGGGGAGGGAGAUGAAGGGUGGGGGAAGGAGACUCCUCUUGCUGGCAUCCAGAGCGCGCAGCCCCUUCGCCUCCUCCAAGGGCGAUUCCCGACGGAAGACGUGCCCCCCCUCCCGCCUUCCUAGCCUCCGGUGGUUGCCCAAGUUGGAUCUCUCCCCCACUCCUGCCCUGCCUCCCCAGCAGUCGGGAUCCCUCGGGCCCCCCUCUGAGUGAAGGAUGCGCUUCUGACAACAUCCAGGCAGCCCUUCGCGCCACCAGUCUGCCUCCGUGGUGCCAGAGGGAAGGAGGACGCGCUGAAGGAGUUUAGGGUCGCUCUGAUUUUUCCUCACCCAGCCAGCCGGGAGAGAGAACUGGGCACCGCAUGGGGCGGGGGACCACCAAGAUCACCUUCCUCCCAAGCUCGUGAGGAGCUCCGACCUGCCUUGGAGAGCAGGGGAUGCAGCCCGCCACAGCAGUCACCCUCUAGGACUCCAUGGUGGACAUGGGCAGAGCUCCGACAAACACCCUGGUGCUGUCCAUGGUGCUGGGCUGUUCCGUUGUCCUAAUGGAUUCUUCAUUGCCAGUGCCAACCUCCAGGGAACCAGUAAACGUGGCUGUGGUUUUUGGAGGUUCUUCGUUCCCUGAGCACAUCCGCAGCCGGCUGACACACCAAAGCUUCCUGGGCAUGCCUCUGGAGAUCCACCCAGUCACAGUAGUAGUGAAUGACACUAACCCCAGCACUCUUUUGACCCAAAUCUGUGACAUCCUUGCCAGCACGAAGAUCCAUGGGAUUGUCUUUGAGGACAACAUCGGUACAGAGGCUGUGGCACAGAUUCUUGACUUCAUCUCGUCCCAGACCCACGUACCUAUCAUCAGCAUCAGUGGAGGAUCUGCAGUGGUCCUGACCCCUAAGGAGCCUGGCUCUGCCUUUCUACAACUGGGUGUUUCAAUUGAGCAGCAGAUCCAGGUGAUCUUCAAAGUCUUGGAGGAAUAUGAUUGGAGCUCCUUUGCUGUCAUCACCAGCUUGUACCCAGGAUACAGUGUCUUCCUGGAUGUGAUACGGUCCUUCACAGAUGCCAGCUAUUUUGGCUGGAAAAUCCAGGAUGUCCUGACCUUCGAGAUGACCCAGGAUGGGAGCAACUGCAAUGUUCAAAGAUUGCUGCGUCAGAUCGAGGCUCAGGUGAUGAUUGUGUACUGCUCCCGAGAGGAGGCAGAAUACCUCUUCCAAGUGGCAGAGCAAGCUGGCUUGAUUGGACCUGGCUAUAUCUGGAUUGUGCCUAGUCUGACAGUGGGAAACAUGGAUGCCCCGCCCACCUCUUUCCCUAUUGGUCUCAUCAGUGUGGUAACUGAGAGCUGGAAAAUGAGCCUAAGGCAAAAAGUCCGGGAUGGUGUGGCUAUCAUUGCCCUUGGAGCAGAGAGCUACUUCAAGACCCAUGGCUACCUCCCCAUGGUGGGCAGAGACUGCAAGACACCUCCAAGUGUGCCCACAAACAACACUUUCUACAGGCAUUUGCUUAAUGUUACAUGGGAGCACAAGGAUUUCUCCUUCAACGAAGGUGGCUACUUGGUGAGGCCCACCAUGGUAGUGAUUUCACUGAACCGGCAUCGGCUCUGGGAGAUGGUGGGAAACUGGGAGAAGGGGGUCAUCCACAUGAAAUACCCAGUAUGGCCACGCUACGGAUCCUUCCUACAGCCCAUGGCAGGCAACCACCACCUCAAAGUAGCCACCCUCGAAGAGAGACCCUUUGUGAUUGUGGAGAAUACCGACCCAACCACAGGAGUGUGUGUCCGCAAUACUGUGCCCUGCCAGAAGCAGACCAACCUCACUGAGAGUGGAGAUGAACCAAUGGACCCCUAUACCAAGCUCUGCUGCAAAGGCUUCUGCAUUGAUAUUCUAAAGAAACUGGCCAAGACAAUGAAGUUCUCCUACGAUCUCUACUUGGUGACAAAUGGGAAACAUGGGAAGAUAGUUGAUGGAUUCUGGAAUGGCAUGAUUGGUGAGGUGUAUUACAAGCGAGCAGACAUGGCUAUUGGGUCUCUCACCAUCAAUGAAGAGCGUUCACAGAUCGUAGAUUUCUCUGUGCCCUUCGUGGAGACUGGCAUCAGCGUCAUGGUAGCCAGAAGCAACGGGACUGUUUCGCCCUCUGCUUUUCUAGAACCCUACAGUCCAGCCGUGUGGGUGAUGAUGUUUGUGAUGUGUCUCACUGUCGUUGCUAUCACAGUCUUCAUAUUUGAAUAUUUCAGCCCUGUUGGCUACAAUCAGAAUUUAACCAGUGGCAAAAAGUCCAGGGGGCCUUCCUUCACGAUUGGCAAGUCCGUCUGGCUGCUCUGGGCUCUGGUUUUUAACAACUCCGUUCCCAUUGAAAACCCGAAAGGAACUACCAGUAAGAUCAUGGUGCUCAUCUGGGCUUUCUUUGCUGUCAUCUUUCUGGCCAGCUAUACCGCUAAUCUGGCUGCGUUCAUGAUCCAGGAGCAGUAUAUUGACACUGUCUCUGGGCUGAGUGAUAAGAAGUUCCAGAAGCCCCAGGAGCAGUAUCCCCCCUUCCGGUUUGGAACAGUUCCCAAUGGCAGCACAGAGAGGAACAUCCGGAGCAAUUACCACGAUAUGCACUCCCACAUGGUGAAAUACAACCAGCGCUCAGUGGAGGACGCCCUGGUCAGCCUCAAAAUGGGAAAGCUGGACGCUUUUAUAUACGAUGCCGCAGUGCUCAACUAUAUGGCGGGGAAGGAUGAAGGCUGCAAGCUGGUGACCAUUGGCAGUGGGAAAGUCUUUGCUACCACUGGUUAUGGCAUCGCUCUCCAGAAGGACUCCCGGUGGAAGAGGGGGAUUGACUUAGCCCUCCUGCGGUUCCUGGGAGAUGGGGAAACCCAGAAACUGGAGACUGUAUGGUUGUCAGGGAUCUGCCAGAAUGAAAAGAAUGAAGUGAUGAGCAGCAAGUUAGACAUUGACAACAUGGCGGGAGUAUUCUAUAUGCUGCUUGUGGCCAUGGGGCUGAGCCUGCUGGUCUUUGCCUGGGAACAUCUGGUAUACUGGAAGCUGCGACACUCUGUUCCCAAGUCCAACAAGCUUGAUUUCCUUCUGGCUAUCAGCAGGGGCAUUUAUAGCUGUUUUAAUGGGGUCCAGAAUCUGGAGAGCCCUGCCCACAUUCACAAACCUGAUGUCACAGCUAACUCAGCGCAAGCUAAUGUACUGAAGAUGCUGCAGGCUGCCAAGAACAUGGUGUCUACAGCAAGCGUUGGGAACUCCUUGGAAAAUGCUACACGCACCAUUGAGAACUGGUCUAAUAGGAGUGAAAACCUCCAAACAAGCUUCUCAUUAAGGACUCCUCAGCUUGUCGUCCAGAACACCAGUGGUCCUAAUAGGCCUGCCCAUCCCUCCAAUGCAGCAGCAGUCGAGAAGGUUGGGCGACCUAUUCCAACAUCUCUUCCUGCGCCCCAGCAGCCUUUGCUGCCAGCCAGUGAAAACUGGAGAGGAACAAUUGAUCAGCCACAGAUACUUCAUCCACUGAAGUUCCGAGGCAGCUACUCUGAGGAUAAGGUUCUCCCAGGUUCCACUGUGAACAGCUCUCCACACUACGUGGUAAAAACCACACCUCAGACUCAUUUCAGAAAUCAUGUGCCACUUGAAAACCACCUUAGUGCUGCUCCUCACUCCCCAGCAAGGUCUCCUAGGGAGCAUCUUCCACUUGAGCAUAAGCAUAAGCUCUCUGUGGCCAGAGGGCAUGGGAAAGAAAGGUUGCCCCAGAAUAUUCACCUGGUGUAUGGAGAAGAUGGGCACGACCACUCAGCCCAGAUGGCAAGGAUGGGUUCCACUUCUGAGAAGCGAAAAGAGUGGGAAAGCCACUUCCUGCCUCAUGCCUGUGUGCACAAUUCCUUUCCCAAAUCCGACAGGACUUACAGACCUUUCACAUACCAAGAAUCUGACACAGUAGAGCUAAGGAGGGAGAAGCCAAGACAUAGAGCUAACCUCUCAAGGUCAGCCUGGGAGCACCAGGAGAGAGCCCAGUCUCUAGGCAUCUGGAGGCAUCACGGAAAGCCUUCUGUCUAUAGGGAUAUGCCAGACCUCUUCCCCAAAGCUAGUCUGGCUCCAAAACCAACAUCAGUGCCUGGAAUCCAUCAUGGAACCCAUCACUACCCUCCCGAUGCCCUUAGACCAAGCUAUACGUGCAACAGGAAAUGUGUGGAGGCCAAUGGUUUGUCUUGGAAGGACCAACGGCUACUGCACUCCCAGUCCACGAGACUCCCCUCAUACCGGGAGGCCUGCCUACAAAACACCUCAGGCAUGCACAGGGCUUCUUCCACAGUGGUGCACAAGCAGUAUGCCUACAUGAACUCUUACACAAACAUGCCUAUUUACUGGGGACGCCUUUACCAAGGCUCUCCUCAGCUAUGUGAACAGUCCAGUGCUACCCAACACUACUUCACUCGCGCACCCUGGUCCCCUUGCAGCAGGGAUUUCUUGGUCCAUGAAGAUGGUCCUCGGACCAUGUACUUUGGUAGCACAUACAGGGACUGCAGGGACCGGAGCAGGGUGGAUCCAGCAUUUCUCCAGACGGUCAACACUGAGAGGAGGGACUUCCUGGCAACCCAAAGGAUGCACAGCCCUUAUGCGACAAGAUCAUGGAGGCGUAUCUCUAGCCUUGAGUCUGAAGUCUGAAAGUGGAAAGACAGAUGGCGCUUGGGCUAUUAUACCCGAUUUGUAAUUAUGCUGGUGUUCACAUAUGUUGGAUAAUCACUCAUAUGUGGCCAACUCUGGGGAAUGACCUCAGAAAGGGCAAGAGAAGGACCUUCCAAACUAUCAGUCUGCUUCUCCCUUUAAGCUGGUAUUAACAGAAAGAUCUUUGUCUCUUCCAUACUGACUUGGAUCAACAUAAGAGCAAGUGACCUUUCCCCUUCAUCUACUGAUGGACCAAAAACAAAGCAACAGAAGCUGAAGGCACUUUAAUGACUGAAUUCCAAAGUCUUCCAUUGCUAGGCACUGGGACACUCUGUCUGUGCAAGACAACUCUCAUGGUGGUGAUUCACACUCAUGCUGUCUCUAUGGAUAGCGUAAGAAGUAUCAAUUCCAAUGUCGACUAUUUACAUUUUAGUGCCAGUUAUCAUUCAGAGCAUGCUCUGUGACACAGCAGGAGAUGCCCAUCAGCCUCCUAAUAAAAAUUAGGACUAUCUUGCUUUCCCAUAUGCACUGAUCUAAAUGGGGACUGUACAAAGGACUUACAGGUGCAUAGUAUGAUAUUUUUAGUGUUUUACAUUACUUUCUGGUUCCUCAUAAAGAGCCUAAAAUGCCAAACAGAGGUUAUUAAAGACACACUUCUUAAAAUGUA